AUGCCAAAGCACGCCACCAAGUUGGCAGGCAAGAACAUCCUGCUCAUCGGAGGCACCUCCGGUAUUGGAUUUGCUGUUGCUGAGCAGGCUCUCCAAGAUGGUGCAAACAUCACCAUUAGCUCAUCGUCCAAGGAAAAUGUAUCCCAGUCACUGGACCGUCUGCGUACCGAUUACCCUGAACAGGCAGGAAAUGUGCACAGCUAUGUUGCGGACCUCUCAUCCAAGAACGAGCUUGAGCACACUGUCGAAGAGCUUCUUAAAUACGCUUCCAGGGACUCCCCCAUCGACCAUGUGGUCUUCACCGCAGGCAACGUGCCUCCUCUUGUCCCCCUAGCGAAUAUGUCAUUUGAUGAUGUGGAUGCUCUUCUUGUUGUGCGGUUCUAUGGCGCUAUUGCUUUAGGCAAGCAUGCUCCCAAAUACAUGAACCCCGGCAAAUCGUCGUCAAUCACCUUGACCACUGGAACACAGUCACAGAAGCCGUCUCUUUGGCUGCCACCGGCCGUGGGCAGUGCAGUGGAAGGACUGAUGCGCGGCCUCGCCGUCACGCUAGCUCCAAUUCGCAUCAAUGCAGUAUCUCCGGGCUUCAUCCUCACGGGCUUGAUCGACAGACUUCCGCAGGAAAUGGCACAGGAUGCUAUUGAAAAGCAUAAGCAGAAAUCUCUGACGAAGGAUGUGGGAUAUCCAGACGAUACUGCUGAGGCCUACCUGUAUCUGAUGAGAGAUAGCUUUGCCACAGGCUCUGUUGUCGUGACAAACGGAGGUGUUUUCCUGCUAUGA